UCCUCCAUUAUUCAUUAGUCUCUCUGUUUUCUCUGUUCUCAGUUUACUCUUCUUCUUCGUCUCUAACUUCCCUUCGUCUCCCUGUAUAAUCCCUUUUUCCAUUUCUCGGUUUUCCGGUGAAUUGGUGUCUCGGCGUUUUCUUUUCCGGUGAGACUUUCAGGGAAAAGAACUGCCUCUCCGGUGAUCGGACAACCGUUGUUUUGCUUGGGAGUAAACUACUUUAUAUUCUCCUUGUCUUUCUUUCUCUCUCUUCUUUUUGUUCGUCUCCGCUUGCCGAAAUUAUCGAGUAUAAAUACUCGCGAAUUAUAUUCAGGAUUAUUCUCUUCGUUUAUCACUGUUUUGUGAUGGAAUGUUGCGGCACUAGUUUAUAGCUUUGAGUUGAUUCUCUCCUGUUUUCUUCUUCAGAGGAAGAAAUAAGAUUAUUUCGUGGAUUUUUCGGAAGCUAUGGGAGGUUUUAAUUUAGACGCAGUAGAGUUAUUGAGUCGAAUCGGAGCGAAUCCGAAACCUCUGUUUGGUGGAAUCAAAAUCGAAUAUCAAGGCUUUUUUUCUUAGCAGAUCGUUGAAUUCGUGGGAGGCUUUUUUUAGUUUAGAAUCUACGCCAGAAAUCAGUUAUUAUUUCUAGAAAUUUGUUUUGGAUCAAGAGGAGUCAUUGUGUGAACAGAUUUGUUGGCUCAGAGAAGAGAGGAAGCAAAAUUUGGCGUUCAGUUGGGAACAGAUAGCUUAGAUUUAUCACUAUCUCACCGUCUUAUGAUUGUGGGGAAAAUUAGAAAAAGUGCGUUUCAUUUUCAAGCUCCGAAUUUGCGUGCGGGAGAUCGUGCUCGGUUGUGGGCUUGAUGGUUUCUAUAGCUAUGGCUGUUCAGGAUCAGCGCAUAGGUUCGCGUUCAAACACAGUUCUCACAGCAGGAAACGGAGACAUAGUGACCGCUGGCCUCUAUAACGUGACUAGGCAAGAGCAGUUUCCUUGUGGGCAUGACUAUGCUCCUAAGGUAAGGAAACCAUAUACAAUUACAAAACAAAGAGAGAGAUGGACAGAUGAAGAGCAUAAGAAAUUCAUUGAAGCCCUGAAGCUCUAUGGGCGAGCCUGGCGACGUAUAGAAGAACAUGUGGGUACGAAAACUGCUGUUCAGAUACGAAGCCAUGCUCAGAAGUUCUUUUCUAAGGUUGUCCGAGAGACAAGUGGCAGCAACACAAGCUCUGUGGAGCCAAUUGAAAUUCCUCCCCCUAGACCGAAAAGGAAGCCAAUGCACCCUUAUCCCCGGAGGUCCGAGCUCAUCAAGCACAGCGCAGGGCUUGAUGGCGAUGAAUUCAUGGAUGCUGCCUCUGGUUACAAGAGAGGUUUUGCAGGGAGCUAUGAACACAAUGUCUGA